AUGGAGAGCCCCGUGAUGAAGAAGCCUCAUGACGAGGAGAACGUCCAUGUCACCGAACACGGCCUCUCUUCGUCCUCCAUGGACUCUGACAGCGUCGUCCACUUCGAGAUCGACCAAGAUGCUCUGCCGAAGGGAUACUUCCGCAGCAAGUUCUUCGUCGGUUCCAUGCUGGGUAUCAGUCUGGGUCUGAUGGCCGGAACCGCGGGUUUCGCUUUCGCCGCCCCUAUCCUGACCCUCAUCAACGCGGACAUUGGCCCGGACCCGAACAUCGUCUGGGUGGCCCUCGUCUACACCCUCACCUCGGCGGUCUGCAUCACCGUCAUCGGCCGCGUGACCGACAUCUUCGGCCGCCGGCCCGUCUUCAUCGGCGGCGCCGCCCUCGGCGUCAUCGGCAGCAUCGUCGCCGCCACCGCGACCAACGUCAACGCCCUCAUCGCCGGCUCCACCAUCAUCGGCGUCGCCGCCUCCACCCAGCUCUCCUUCUACUACGUCAUCGGCGAGCUCGUCCCCAUGCAGUACCGCCUCGCCAGCUGCGCCGUCUGCUACGUCUUCUGCAUCCCGGCCUCCGGCUUCGCGCCCCUCAUCUCCCAGGCCUUCGUCCAGUACCACCCGGCCACCGGCUGGCGCGGCGGCUACUACAUCCUCACCGGCAUCAACGCCGCCUCCCUCCUCUGCUGGGUCCUCUUCUACCACCCGCCUACCUUCCGCAUGAAGCACGGCGCCGAGGCAAGCAUGUGGUCCUACGUCAAGCGCUUCGACUACGUCGGCGCGGUGCUCUACACCGGCGGCAUCCUCGUCCUCAUGAUGGGCCUGAACUGGGGCGGCGUCGUCUACGCCUGGUCCUCGCCGGCCGUCAUCGCCACCGUCGUCGUCGGCGUCGCCGCCGUCGCGGCCUUUGCCGUCUGGGAAUCCUUCGCCGACCUCUCCGAGCCCUUCGUGCCCAUGCGCUACUUCCGCAACCUCGGCUGGGUCGCCUGCGCCGUUCUCUCCGGCCUCGCGGCGGGCGUCUACUACUGCUUCGCCCUGGUCUGGCCGCAGAUGGUCGGGCUCCUCUACUCCGACCCGGAGAACCCGUUCUUCGGGCCUCUGCUGUCUUGCUUCGUCGCCCUCUUCUUCCUCGUCGGCGACGUCGUCGGUGGGUUUGCCGGCAAGUACAUCGGCCACCUGAAGUGGCAGUGCGUGAUCACGACGCUGCUCGGCGGCGUCUGCUUCGCCGCCAUGGCGACCUGCGGCCCGGACACCGUCACGCGCGCGGCCGUGCUGGUGUCGUUCGGUGUCUUCUUCAACGGCUGGGUCGAGGGGUGCAGCAUCACCGUGACCACGCUCGCAGCGCCGGAUCAGGGGAACCUGGGCGGUGCGAGCGGUAUGGCGGGUAGCAUCCGGUUCCUGAUCAGCGCGAUCGCGGCGUCGAUCUACAGCGCCAUCCUGAGCAACCGCCUCGCCGAGACGAUCCCGGCCAUGGUCCCCGCGGCCGUUGUUGCCGAGGGGCUUCCGGAGUCCAGCGUCCCGGACUUCGUUGCGGGCUUCACGAGCGGAACGUUUGAGGGUGUGGCUGGGCUGACGGACACGAUCCUGGCGGUGGGCACGAGGGCGUACAAGGAGGCCAACUCCGAUGCGUUCAGGACCAUCUUCUAUGCCAAUAUCGGGUUCUCUGUUGUUGCUCUGAUCUGCGCUCUCUGUCUCCCCGACGUGGACAAGUUCCUGACGUCCAAGGUCGCCACGACCCUGCACCAGGGCAGAGAUGAGAAGAAGAUCGCGGGAGAGAAGGAUACUUAA